UCGAAGGAUGCUGUACGUACCCCGAUAUCUUGCAUACUGUCGUCGCAUACUGGGCCCCGAGCAAAUGCAAGCAACAUCACCGAUCCAAAAGCAAUGCCAGUCUCAAAUGAGACUUCACUCCGAAGGACCAUGGGUUCUGCUCACAAGACAGCACUACUGAGAAGUAUAAGAGCUCGAACAGUUUCGCGUAUAUUCCAACUUAUCAUCCAGUCACCCUUCAGUAUCACUUUUAAUUAAUUAAUUCACUUCUUUCUCUUAUUCUAGCUCCGUAAUAUUUCUUCCUCGGUACAGUCUUGUUGACUCUGUUGUUUCUCCCAUGAAGCACUUCUUCGCAUUUGCGGCUUUCGUAGCUGGGGUAGCUGCAUUGCCACAAGUCAAAAGAGCAGCCUGUGCUGGCAAUGAUGCAUCCGACCGCUCUGUUUGGUGUGAUCUCGACAUUAACACGAACUUUUACUCCACUGUUCCAGACACGGGAGUAACUCGCACAUACUCUCUCACAAUUGCAGAGGCGACAGCGGCACCUGAUGGAUUUGAUAUGCCAGUCAUGCAGGUCAAUGGACAAAUACCUGCUCCCCCAAUCAUUGCGGACUGGGGCGACUUUGUUGAGGUACAUUUGGAGAAUCAGGUAGAGCUACAAGGUGCCAGCAUUCAUUUUCACGGUCUUCACCAAAAGGGUACCUUCCAAGAUGAUGGUGUUCCCGCCAUUACUCAAUGCCCUCUUGCUCCGGGUGACAACAUGGUCUAUAGGUGGCGAGCGACCCAGUACGGAACGAGUUGGUAUCAUUCCCAUUUCUCAAUGCAAGCGUGGAAUGGCGUUUUUGGUCCCAUCAUAAUCAACGGCCCUGCGUCGGCUAACUACGACGAAGAUCUUGGCAGUAUCAUCUUGAGUGACUGGAGUCAUAUCACCGCAGACGAGCAACAAGCGAUUGCCAACACCAACCCAGUCAUAUCCCAGACUAAUGGUUUGAUCAACGGCACGAAUGUGUGGGAAGGACCUGACGGCACAGUCGGUAAACGUUUCGAGACUGUAUUUGAAGCUGGGAAGUCCUACCGGAUACGCCUCAUCAAUUCUGCCAUUGAUUCGUUCUUUACUUUCAGCAUUGAUAGUCACAAGCUGAAAGUCAUUGCCUCGGACUUUGUUCCCAUCGAGCCGUAUGAAACUGAUUCGGUCAUGAUCACCAUGGGCCAAAGAUAUGAUAUUAUCGUCGAAGCUAACCAGGAGCCGGGCGACUACUGGAUGCGAUCUCUACCUGGAACAUGCUCAUUUUCUGACAAUCCUCAAAAUAUCAAAGGCAUAGUCCGCUACGACAGUUCCAGCACCGCUGACCCAACAAAUUCUACAGCAGCCACUCAGCAAGCUUGUCAUGACGAAGACCCGGCACUUCUCACGCCCAUUGUAAGCGUUGAUGUCGGCGAUGCGACGCAAGUCGAAAAUCUUGCUGCCACUUUUUACCAAGAUCCUGAGAAUGGAUGGUUCAAAUGGCAAAUCGGAAACACCACAAUGGUUGCACCCUGGGAGCAGCCGUCUAUCAAGUCUGCAUUCGAAUCUGACUUCUCUUUCACGGAGCAGGAGGCUGUUAUUCAUCUACCAAAUGCCAACCAGUGGGUCCAGCUUGUGCUGACCCAGGCCGGGCCUUUCAAUCCACCGCAUCCUAUCCAUCUCCACGGCCACGAUUUCCAUAUUCUUGCUCAGGGCGCUGGUACGUUCACAAACGAUACGCCAUUGAACAAGGUCAAUCCACCACGAAGAGAUGUUGCAACUCUACUGGGUACUGGAUACUUGGUCAUAGCCUGGCAGCUUGACAAUCCUGGCAUUUGGCUAAUGCAUUGCCAUAUUGGUUACCACACCUUCGAAGGGUUCGGCUUACAGUUUGUCGAGCGCCAGGAUGAAAUCGGUGAUCUUAUUCGCGGAGAUGAGAUGUCACAAGUGUGCGAUAACUGGGACAGUUUUGUGGCGGAACAUGGAAUUGUUCAAAAUGAGUCCGGCAUUUGAUUUCGGAAUUUGUGCACUGUCUCGCUUGUCGUAGCUGAGAACUGAAGAGGUUCCCAAAGUCUCCCAUGUCUCGCAGUCGACGAAGUAUAAUCUCUUGGAUGGGUAACGACGUCAAUCCUUGUCCAGUUUCCUUGUUUUGUUCCUUUUGUUUGAUAUUCCUAGGCUGAUCAGCAAGCUUUUCAUAUUUGUAUAUAUGUUCUACGUCAUAAUUCUGAUUCAUGAAUAACUAAGCUAUCUUGCUAUCCAUGUCAUUAAUCUGGCGCCGCUUUGGAGGAGAAGAACUUUGGAAGUGUUGCUGGACUACUGUUCUGUCACUGUAGCAUGACCGCCAAUCUCUGUGUAGUAACGGAUAGCCACGGUGAACAAUGCUCUAUGUAUGACCACAUAAUGCGCUAGAGAUCAAGUUGUUAUAAAAGUCGUGAAUGCCUUGCUAACGCGACACUAGAAGGCAAUUCACUUGCUAGUUGUAC